AUGGCGACCAAGCUGUUCGUCACGGGGGUGACAGGCUACAUCGGUGGCGACGCACUGUAUGCCAUUCUCACAGCUCAUCCCGAGUAUGAAAUCACGGCUCUCGUCCGGAACACGGACAAAGGCGCGGCCGUUGCUUCGCAUUUCGCAAAAGUGAGGUUGGUCUACGGCGACCUGGACAGCGAGGACUUGAUUGAGAAGGAGAGUGCAGCGGCGCACAUUGUCUGCAACUGGGCCAGCGCCGAUCAUGAAGCAUGCCUCAAUGCGAUCAUCCGUGGUCUUUCCAAGAAACACUCUUCCGCACCGGGCUAUUUGAUUCAAAACAGUGGCGCCGGCUUGAUGACCUUCGAAGACAUCCGCAAUCAGCGGUUCGGCGAAGCUCUCUCGGACAAAGUCUACAACGACCUCGACGGCGUGCACGAAGUGACCUCCAUGCCGCCGGACGCGCCUCACGUUUUCGCCGAUCAGAUUGUUCUACGCGCUGCAGAAGAGACGAAGAGCGUUCGCACAGCUAUUGUCUGUCCGCCGUGCAUCUAUGGCGCGGGUCGUGGUCCGGACAAUCAGCGUUCCGUCCAGAUCCCCGAGCUCUGCGCUGCGACGAUCAAGAAUGGGUUCACGCCGAAGAUCAAUGCUGGACAGGCGUGGUGGAACUUUGUGCAUGUUCACGACUUGUCGGCGCUGUACUUGCUGCUGGUGGAGAAGGCCGCGGCGGGUGGAGAGACGGCUGAUUGGAAUGGUAAGCCGGCGACGUGGGGUAAGGAGGGAUAUUACUUCUGUGAGAAUGAGGAGUUUGUGUGGGCAGACGUGUCGCAGAUGAUCGCGGACCAGGCGAAGGAGAUGGGAUUAGUGGAGGAGGCUGUGGUCAAGGGCAUCACGGUGGAAGAAGGGAAGAAGAUGGCCAACGCGGCGGGUCUGCUCUGGGGUGCGAAUACUCGUGGGAAAGCGGAGAGGGCCAAGGUGGUGCUGGGAUGGGAGGCGAAGAAGACGCUGAAGGAGGAGCUGAAGGAGCAAUUGGAGAUUGAGAAGAAGCGUGUGAAGGUCGGUCACGCCGCCGUUGCCGCGGGCGAGGCUCGACCUUGA